ACCAAGGCCGAUAACUCAAAAGAUUGUUUUGGCAACCGUAUGAAAUAAUUUCUGCAGAUGAAGUUGCUUAAUACAUUAACCCACUACACAGUUAAUCUUAUUUACGUGAAAACUGUAUGAAGAUAAAGACUGAAAAAUCUGCAUGCUAAAAGAGACCAUGUAAAGGUUUAAAAAUGCAAUUAUAAUUUAAUUUUUUAAGUUGACUUUUGACAAUUAACAACUAGCCAUGUCAGUUGUGACAGUUCAGCUGGGUCAGUGUGGUAAUCAGAUCGGAGGUCAACUCUUCUCAACAAUUAUUGACGACAUUCAUGCCAAACUUUCAAGUGUUCACGUUCCACCGAACAAAAACAAGGAUUACAUGAAGGAAGUGAUCGAUCGUUUUUUCAUAGAAAAGGAUGAAAAGGGUACAUCGGUCCUUCAGGCAAAGGCAGUUAUGGUUGACAUGGAACCGAAGGCCAUAGCCCAGACCUGCGUGGAAGCUAGGAGAAGUGGUACGUGGAUGUACCCAGAGAAGCAGCAGUUCUGUCAGAAGCGAGGGUCUGGGAACAACUGGGCGCACGGUUUCUGUGUCCAUGGCCCCCGCGUGCAGGCCGACAUCAUGGAGAUGGUGAGGAGAGAGGUGGAGAAGAGUGACAGACUGGCUGGGUUCCUCUCUCUCAUGAGCCUCGCCGGAGGAACUGGUUCCGGUGUGGGUGCCAGAAUAACGGAGAGCUUGCGGGACGAAUUCCCUCAUUCGUUCAUCGUCAAUCAGGUUGUGUGGCCUUACCAGACUGGGGAGGUAAUUGUGCAGAACUACAACGCAGUGCUAACUCUGUCUCACCUGUACCAGACGUCAGACGCGGUGGUGGUCUUGGAGAAUGACUCUCUCCAGAAAAUCUGCUCUCAGUUGCUAAACAUGAAGAAAAUUUCCUUCAGAGACAUAAACAAAGUAAUCGCACACAAACUGGCUAGUUUCUUGCUUCCAGCUACUUCCGAAGAUGGUGGAUAUUCUAAUUCAAAUGAUUUAGGUUUCCUGCUGCAACAUCUGGUGCCCCACCCGGAGUACAAGCUGUUAAGCCUGCGGAACAUUCCUCAGAUCGCGGAGAAGUCGAUGGAGUUUAGUGUCUAUCAGUGGCACGGGCUUCUCAAACACCUCAGACAGAUGCUCAUCGCUAAUGCUGCCAUGGAAGAAGGAAUAGACUGGGAUGUCCAGGCUGGGUCAGAGACUCCUCGAGGCACGACCAGAUACAACAGAUCUCUAGCCAACACACUCAUCCUUCGAGGCAAAGAUAUCGACACGGCCAACUGUGCACCUUUCUCCGAGAGAAAGCUGUAUGCCGACUGGGUGCCAGCUGACUGUCGGCUGUGCGUGAUGAAACAGCCGAGAGCGUUCGGUCAGUACGAGAAGUCAGCAGUGUUAGUCAGCAACAGCAGCUCAUCCCUCGGGUCCAUGGACCAGAUGGUGGGAAAAGCAUGGAACAUGUUCGCAUCACGGGCAUACGUCCACCAGUAUGUUAAACAUGGACUCACCGAAGAAGACUUUCUCAAUAGUUUUGUAACGCUGGAACAAGUUAUUGCCAGUUAUAAAAAUCUGUGAUAUUG